AUAUGACCCGAAUUAAAUCGAGCAGGCAGGCACACGCAGUAGUCGUAGCGGCUGAUGAUGGAUUCAUUAAUUAUUCGAUGAGAGAGGAGAUCGGUUGGCUUGUUUUCGUGGUUGACUGGUGUGGUGGUACAGAGAGGAGAGAGGAGAGGGAGAAAAUAUGUUAUUGCAAGCUUCAAGCUUUUCGAGUGGCGUGGUUUGUCAUAGAUUGUCACACUUGAGGAACCGCAGGAGUUUCAUUUCCGACUACGGCCUUCUCGGAAGAAAGACCAAAGCUUCUUCUGGUCCUCCUCCUCGGACGACUUUCGUAUGUGUCACUUUUGAAAUUGAUGAAAUCGCCCACAACAAGGUUCUCAUUUCAGCGGCUGUAUCCGCGACAAUUGGGCAGCUGUCAAAGCUUUUCACUUCUGCCAUCCUUUAUGGCAACAGCAACAGUUUUGAUUUUAAGACAGUCUUUCGGUCUGGAGGGUUCCCUUCUACCCAUUCCUCCGUAAUGAAUACUUUGUCACCACCUAUUCAUUCCUCUGCAGCUGUGGCCACCGCGAUGUCCCUUGGCUUUGAACGGUGGGUAAAAUUGGUAAAAUGCUGCAUUUCCGUUGUGCCCUCCCGAAGAGGUCUUUCGGAUGCAGUUUUUGGUUUAGCAGUUGUUUAUGCUAGCCUUAUCAUGUAUGACGCUCAGGUAUACAUGUAGUGUGUUUUUUCUAUUUUAUUCUCAUCUCAUAUAGACUUAUGCAGAUCUCCUACUUCAGAAGGAAAAGUGUUUUAUAUUCAUGAAUCACAACAUUGCAUUGAUGCAAUUCAGUUUGGCUGCUUGGUUUACCAAAAUCUGGGCACAAACCUACUUGUGUCACAUAAAAUUUUAUCUAAUACAGAUCCACCCACAUUAAGGAUGACAGAAAUGUCAGCUUUUGUUAGCAAU